AUGGCGAACGCCCACCGGACAAACGUGCUGGUCACUUCGUGUUUGAAAACGCCGGUAGACCCGCACACCAAAGCGCCGUUAGCUUCAUACGAGCGGGAGAGAGUCCUGCCGUACACGGCUACACCUCAUAUGGACAACCGGGACUACGAGAAGGAGCUGGAGUAUGAGGACUCAGGCUCUGAUUUCUGUGAUGAGGACUGUCUGGGGAAGGGCGGCCCUCUCCUGCUGAAUGACUACAGGGCAGCAGGAGACCACCUCAACCUGAGCAACAUCUUCUUCUCCAACGAGGAGUACUACGGCAAGCUGGAGGAGCUGAAGAAGGCCCACCUCCGCACCAUGGCCGAGCUGGAGAGCAUGUACCGGCGAAAGCUGGAGCUCAAGUUCAUGGAGCCUUUGGACAUGGCAACGCUGGAGACGGGGCACAGGCUGCUAUGGUCAAACACCAGCCCAGCAGCUGCACGCCGUUUGAGGAAGUCCCACUCUGCUGUUGAACUGCGGAGGAGUUCAGGACAGUCAGACUUAUCGUAUGAGGAUGAAGCCGCCAAUGACGAUGUGGAGAAAGGCCUGCUCUUCUCUCCCAAAGAGCACAUCAAGAACAUGUGGAGGGACUUCAAGGUGUCCCCUCACAAUCGUCACCUGUCGUCCUGCUCGCUGCACAGCCUGCCAGGAGACCAGAAGAGACCGGGAAAGGGAAAAGGAAAGAAGAGGCAGGGGCUUAAAGCCGGGGAGCAGAGCUGGAAACACAGAGUGACCGUCCCGAAACCUUUCCACAUGACAGUGCGUGAGGCCGAGAGACGAAAGCGUGGCGUCAAGACGCGUUCGGAGAUGGAAGUGGAGAACGCAGAGCUACGACGGCAGCUGGAAGAACUGACAGAGUGCCAGAGGAAGUUCCGCGCCAGCCCCGUCCCUGCACACGUUCACCUCCCGCUGUAUGAAGAGCUGCAGGAGCAGUAUCACGAGCGGCGCCAAAACAUGCGAGACCGAGAGGAGCAGCAUCUCCGGACUGUCCAGAAACCUUUCAGCUUCCUGGAGAGGGAGCGACUAAAGAAGGAGCAGAAGCAGCUGCGUCACCCGCAACCGUCCGACCAGGAGAAAGUGAAACCCUUCAAAGCCAAGCCUGUGCCCAAGGCGGUGUACGCAGCAGCAUCAGGGGAGCAGAUGAAGGAGGAGCGGCUGUAUCGCUCCAUCAAGAUACAGAUGAGAGCUCAGGAGCUGCUCCACAGCGCUUCAAUGCCUCCCAGCAUGCUUGCACGACGACUCAGCGAUCGCAAGAAGACCAAAGACGAUGCGGCAGGAGGAGGGGACAACAGCUUCACCCACAGACCCCAGAUCAACAAAGAGAUUCCUGACUUCAACGCCAGUUACCAACGCUUCCAGAAACAACUGGAGAAGCGGAAGGAGGUGAAGCCCACGACCGCAUGUGAACCCUUUGAUCUGAGGACGUCGCAGAUCUCCUCGCACCGCGAACGCAUCCUGGCCGACAUCGAGAAGGAGCAGAGCCCUCGGAUGCUGCGCUGGCCGUACAUCAACUCCGGGGCGGCUCGCACGCCAAACUCAAGCCUCUGUUCGUCUCUCUCCGGCAGCCUGGAGGUGCUUCCUGCCAAAGUCACAGACGCUACCAAAAGGCGCCAUGAGGCCGUGAGAAAGGCGCUGGAGCAGAGGAAGAAGGCUGAGGAGGAAGAGGAGCGGAGGAGGGAGAGGCAGAAGCAGAGGGAGAAGAAGCUGCAGAGGGUCGUGCUGAAGCGGGCGCAGGCCAACGACCCCCACCUGGCCCUCUCACAGACCCACCAGACGAAACUUAAAGAAUUCAGGAAACAAGAGCAGCAGCGCAGGAAAGAGUACCAGCAGGAGAUGAAAGAGAUGCAGCAGAGAGUGAAGGGGAGGCCGCUGCUGCUGGAGCAGGUUGCACAGAGGAAUGCCAAACAGGCGGCAGAGAAGCGCUACACAGACGCCCUGCAGGGAUACAAUCUGACCGAAGAGUUCAUCAGCGGCAAGGCGGCCAAAUCAGGAUCUGCCUCCCAGCACAGUGACGGCAAACAGAGUGACCAGGAGGACCUAGACAUGGGAUAUCUACCUGUUCACUACAGGAAGGUCUUCCUCGAUGACGACGACGACGAUGACGAAGACGUGGAUGAUCCAGACGAGAGGGAACGAGGGAGAGAAGACGAGGAGAGCGACGAGGCCUCGUUCAACCAGCGCUAUGGCGAGGACCCCGGCGGUCAGCGCUCAGAUGAGGAUGACCGUGGUGAUGAUCGUGAUCACCACUAUUCUGACGAAAGUUACCACUACUCAGACGAUCAUGAGGAAUACUCAGAGGACAGCGAGCAUGACGCUGACACUAAACAGGAGGAGGCAGGAGAAUGAUGUCAUCACACCUCAUGGUUAUAAAUGGUCAAAAAAACUCUGAUGGAGAAAA